AUGUGUUUCCCAUCAUUUUUCUACUUUCUCCAGCUUCCAUCUACUAUCACAUUACCAUUGAAUCAGUCUCAUCUGUUCGACCUUACGGAACUUAAGCUUUGGAAGUCAGAAGCAUUUGUUACAGAAACUUCUUCAAGUCCACAGCGCCGUUCAACCUUUCCUCUUGCACCUGCGUUACUACGUCAUCCAGUAUUACGCCACUUCUUGGAAUUGUGGUUAGCGGACCCCUUUGCUGAUGUUGUGAUGGAUGUUGGACCUAAGCCAACUGUUGAAGGUGUUCAUAGUGCUCCUGCCACUACGACAACUUAUUCGUGCCCACAGUUUGCUCUUGCCACCACGCUGUGCUUGGACAAUUUCAGAGGAUUGGCCUUGGGUACUUCAAAAAGUUCCAACACGGAGCAAUUUGUUGUUCACUGGCUUGACAAUAAAGCUUAUCGUUUCGAUAGCCAAUUGAAAAAUCUACUACUCGGUUGCAUGAAACGCAUUUUCAACACGCCGUCUGCGAAAGCUGAUGAAGCUGCUCAGGAUCCUAACCAAACACUUAAUCUGGUCGACAGUCUGGCCCUGCUGGACAAAUCAGUGAUGACUCUCAUCAGUGAGUGGCAACACGAUCCGGAUGUCGUCAUAUCUGUACAUCCAACCGAUGGCAGCCUCAUUGCUUGGUACAUUCACGGUUUGGACACUUGUGUACCCAAUCCGAGUGGGAUUUGUACACAACCUUUGCCUUUGCUAAAUGGUAGCAAUCGUCCCAACUUUCUGCCGUCUACAUUCAUUGUUUCUCCCAGCUUGGGCACCAAACUCACCCAGGUGACAACCAGCUUACGAUCUAAACUAAACGGAGCAUUCACCGUCGCUGAGGCUGCCUCACUUCUUCCGAAAGUGUUUUUAUUCCCCCUAGCGGUGCCGCAAAACUGCCACAAUUUCCAAAUGCUCCGGUGCAAUGCUUCGCAAAACGGUUCUUUGAGCAGCGAUAUUGGUGUUCUUUUCUGUCGCCUACUUGUGUUGUACAAUGCGUUAGAAGCUCUGGCAUCUCACAGUGGAACAGUGCACACUGGGCUUCCCGGGGGCAUCACGGAUAACGAACAGCACAGUUGUAAACUAGCCAUUAUGCGUGACAUUACCGAGAUACAGUUACUAUGUUCCACAUUUGGUACGGAAAUUCACCGCUCACAAUAUGUUGCCAUGGUGACGCGGCAUGUAAAUGGAUCUCUUCGUUACUGGCGUCUUGAUUUGUCCGAAUCAAAUCGUUUUCAAUGGAUCUUGAGCAUCAACGGAAGCGCCCGGCUGAGCGGUCAUCGCUUUCAUACCGAAGCUAUCCUCCCACAUCCACUAGUGCCGUUACUGCUUACCACCUCACAUUUCUCUCACACUUCUCUGUACUUCGGUUCUGCAAUAGAGGAUGCGCAAAACAGUCACAGCGAAUUGAUCUUGUGGCGUGCUGGACCUAUUGGUCCGUUAACCAGUACAAGCAUCUUACCUGGACGUGACAUUAGUCAGUGUCAGCACUCCGCUGGGGCCGAGAAAGCCCAUUUGGAUGGUUUUCCGUUUUAUAGAGACAGCGCUGGUGUCACAUUUUCCGACAGUGGUCUUGUUGAAGUCGCCCGCAUUACAGUUUCGCAUUCAGAUCCUUCACACACGUGGUUCAGUGAUCUUGCCUGGUUUCCGUGCACACUAACUACGUCUCUAACAGUUUAUCCGAUGGUACUGUUUCUGGGCAACUUGUAUGAAGGGCAGUCAUCUACGGAUCAAUUGGGUUUCUUCCUCGCGUUUCUCGAUGCUAAAGAUACGCGAUUCGUUUCGGCCAAUCGAGCUUCUACGCCGCCAUCGGACUCUUCGGCCCCUCGGUUUUUCGGCUUUACCAACUCAGACACCUCCGGUUGCGUGAUUCAGUUACCCAACACACUACCGGAUUCCUCACGACGGCUUUACGAGCCUCAAAGCUCGACCAUAUCCGAAACACUGUUGCUUCACGUGUUCCCCAUUCAGUUAGUACAUACCUCCAAAUAUAAGCCACUCGAGGCAACCUUCGAACGUGGCCUUGAAAACGACUCGCUUUCCACUUUCAUGGUUGUCCGACUUACCCAGCGAAAAACCGAUUCGAGCUCCGCUGACCAAAUAACCUACCGCAGAAUGCCAACACUUGAAAUGUGGAGGGUAAAUGUGCGCACACAACCUUCUUUCGCUGUUUGUCCCAAUGCCGACCGGCUGCGUGUUGAUAAUCUUCACAUAUUUAAUGACAUGAUCUCCGGUAUUCAAAAGGUAUGUGAUUGUGAUUUGCCUCUGCCUAAAGAGGUAUAUGUCGUUAUGGCUGCGGUUUCUGCUGCUGAUGUAAGUUGGGUCUCUUUGUUUGACCACCGGGCUCCGCCUCCGUAUCUGAUUAUGUCUGCGUGUUCCGAUGGCUGUCUUCGAUUCUGGCGCUGUGAUGUGGGUGAGGCAAAAAUCAGUUACACUACUUCUGACCUUGCUGUGUACGCUCCCGGCCUAGUGAAGAUUACAUGGUUGCUGGACACGUGGACAACUGGCUAUUCACUCAUCCUGACCUCACCGCCUGCGUUCACCCGACAGACCUUGCUCAAAGGACCAUUUGACGCGUUUGACUCGCAUCUGAUCCCACCCCCGCAUUUUAUCCCUGAUCUCGGUUCAGUGCUAACGGAUGCAUUCAGUGGGAAACGAGCUUCAGAAGCUGCUGCACUAAUGCCAUCAACCGGAGCGACUCGUGCGCUUUUACGCUUGCGCCAUCUCAUUGAUCCGUCCAAAACCCCUUUUCAAACCCGUGAUCCCUUCUCUCUACCUGCCAAGCGAUUGUGGUGCCAUUUGGUUCGUCAGCCUUAUGUAGAUGACAUGAUCACUCGGCAUGUGUUUCGCAGGCCACGUCUCGUCCAAUGUCUCGUUGUUCCAAGUUUAUCAAUGCCGAUUCCAUCCCAGGCGACUCAGCCUACCAACGCACCAAGCAGUAAGCUCAGCAUUGGCUCCUUGGAUGAGCGACCCAAAAAUGGCGCAGCUGUGCCCGGGAAGAUAACGCGGAGUGCUCAGGCACAUCCCGCUGCUCUUUCAACCGCUCCAAACUCCGUUCUCCUUGAUGAUGCAAUACGUUUAAUCCACAAAGAACAAGAACCCCUAAUGGCGAUGUGUGUCAAUCAGGUCACUUACGGCUGUGUCGCUGUAGCAACUCCUAAGGAGCUUAUUGAGCUGAAUACGGAAAAUCUAGUCACCCUUCCAGCUUGGUUUGCUGACGAAGUGGAAUACGAUUUGGAAUUGAUGCGAAAACCUCAACCACGCGUGUACCCCGAAGGAGGAACCGAUGAUUUCAUCACCCUCAACUUCGUCAAUCUUGUUGGCGAACAUGCUUUUUCCGCGCAGUCCGCUGGUGCGGGCGGAACCCCAAACUCUGAUGCACCCAGCGCUCAUGUGAUUCUGAAACGAACAUUGCCUGCUGUGUACAGUUUAGCGGCACACCCAAUGUUACCCUACUAUCUUGCGGGAACUGGGAUGGGAUCUAUACACCUGUAUGAAUGGGGCACUGUGAUGCCUGUGGUGGCAGGCUUCAGCAACACAUACUCACUGACACCCUCGGGAGCAACUGGACAGUAUCCGGCAGGUUCUCGUGGAGCUCGAGUCACCGCUUUACGCUUUGAUGACAGCGGUCGUAGGUUCGGAUGUGGCGACGCAGAUGGUUAUUUUGGCCUCUGGAACACACAGACCACCGCGCCCCAGAAACCACCAUACUUUCGUUGUAAAUGUCACGCCAAGGGUCUGGCGGACUUCUGCUUCGUCGGUUGCAGUACCCUCAUCGCUACAGCAGGAAAUGGAUGCGCUGGUGGGUCGCUACUCACUGGCACAGUUGCUUCGAGUGGACAGAUUGGUGGUGGCGACACAGUCAGUGGCACGGGUGGAUCGUUCUUCUAUGGAGCGGAUCAGGACGGUGCGAAUUUAACCCUUUGGGACACGCUGAUGUCUCCUACCAGAUGUGGAGUAAUCAGAGUUACUGACCCGGAACUUGAAGCCCCGUGCACAUCUGUGGCGUAUUUGGCCCCCAGCAUCAAUUGCAGUGGCUGGCCUGAUCGAUUCCUCUCCUCUCGAUUCUCCUCGAACGGCCCAUUUCCUUCCUACUCUGCUGGGAUUUCUUUAGGCUCGGUGCGUGAUCGUGUUGUCGUAGUGGGAACAAAACGUGGUGAUGUGUGCUAUGUGGAUUUGCGCAAACCAAAAGUUUUGCUCAGCUUCUCUGCCCAUGAAUCCGCCGUCCGAGCGCUGUGUGUGGACACUACGUCGGACUGCCUGAUCACCGGUGGAGCUGAUGGAAACAUCAAGAUUUGGAGACUUUCUGACCACGAAUUGAUGAUCAGCUUCCCGGCCGACUUUCAUCAAGGGCGCGGAGCAGCAGCGGUAGCUGCUGCUGCCCUGUUCCGCGGAAAUCAAUCGGCUGCCAUUAUUGCGGCAACCAAUCCUGGCGUUUCGGAAAUCCGUCUACUGCCUCUCGCAACAGAAGCUUCAUUGUUAACCCAAAGUAACCUAGGAGCCCAGAGUGGUGAUGAGUCCAUUUAUCAGCAACACAGAGACUCCGUCGUCGCUGCCUCAACUGCAUGUCGAUUCCUCAGCUGUGGAGCCGAUGGAGGUCUACGAAUGCGAAGCUAUGUGAUGCGUCCUAGACCAUUUAACAUUUGUUGAAUGAGCGCACCUACUGGCGCUUCUUCUAAUGCAUAAUAUUCCUUUUGUUUUAAUAUUUUCCGUCACAACUGCAGACAAGAAUAUUGUUCAUGUGAGCCUUAUAAAUCUUGGCUUCAUUACAAUGUUAUGAUGCGGGACAGCGAAG